AUGGAGGGGGAGGGGACGGGGGUGGAGGAGGACAGUGGGGUGGAGGUAUUGAAGGUACUCAGCCUCAGGGCUUUGCUAGAGACUCUAGACACCCAGCCUGUGGAAGAGGAGACGAAGGGGCUCAACCACACUACACACUGGGUUCCUAGGGGUGUGUGGCGGCAGCCUCAGGACCUCCACGAUGCCGUGGGCCUGGGGUUCUAUUGGGGCGGUUCCCAUAGCAACAGGGCCCUGCUCCGCUGUCUGGGGAUGGACACCAGGAACAUGGGAAUGUUAGAGCCCACCAAAGAGCCGCUGAGACCAGCUUCAGCUGCGGAGAAGACUGCUGCCACAGCACUAGCACUUCCUGGGUCACAGGAAACCACCACCACCUCGUCAAUACAGCAGGGGGCCCCCCAGCCUUGGUCCCAGUUUGACUGGAGCAGCAGUGGCCUUGGCGUCAACCGUCUGGAUGUGGUGGAUACAGAGCUAGACAGUGACACAAGCAGCCGUCUAGUAGACACCUUGAACCACCUCAUGUCUACUAUGGAGAACACCACUAACUCCACCUGGUCAGACACCCAGAACCACCUCAUGUCUACUAUGGAGAACACCACUACCUCCACCAGGUCAGACUGGUCAGACACCCAGAACCACCUCAUGUCUACUAUGGAGAACACCACUACCUCCACCAGGUCAGACUGGUCAGACACCCAGAACCACCUCAUGUCUACUAUGGAGAACACCGCUACCUCCACCAGGUCAGACUGGUCAGACACCCAGAACCACCUCAUGUCUACUAUGGAGAACACCACUACCUCCACCAGGUCAGACUGGUCAGACACCCAGAACCACCUCAUGUCUACUAUGGAGAACACCACUACCUCCACCAGGUCAGACUGGUCAGACACCCAGAACCACCUCAUGUCUACUAUGGAGAACACCACUACCUCCACCAGGUCAGACUGGUCAGACAACCUGAACCACCUCAUGUCUACUAUGGAGAACACCACUACCUCCACCAGGUCAGACUGGUCAGACACCCAGAACCACCUCAUGUCUACUAUGGAGAACACCACUACCUCCACCAGGUCAGACUGGUCAGACACCCAGAACCACCUCAUGUCUACUAUGGAGAACACCACUACCUCCACCAGGUCAGACUGGUCAGACACCCAGAACCACCUCAUGUCUACUAUGGAGAACACCACUAUCUCCACCAGGUCAGACUGGUCAGACACCCAGAACCACCUCAUGUCUACUAUGGAGAACACCACUAUCUCCACCUGGUCAGACACCCUGAACCACCUCAUGUCUACUAUGGAGAACACCACUAACUCCACCUGGUCAGACACCCUGAACCACCUCAUGUCUACUAUGGAGAACACCACUACCUCCACCAGGUCAGACUGGUCAGACACCCUGAACCACCUCAUGUCUACUAUGGAGAACACCACUACCUCCACCAGGUCAGACUGGUCAGACACCCAGAACCACCUCAUGUCUACUAUGGAGAACACCACUACCUCCACCAGGUCAGACUGGUCAGACACCCAGAACCACCUCAUGUCUACUAUGGAGAACACCACUACCUCCACCAGGAAACCCCAUAGGGAUGAGGAGGACCAGCUGAGUGAGGAGGCAGCCAGGGUGAUCUGUGGGCUGGCUGACCUGUCCUUCAUGAAGGCUAAGGUCCUAAUGUUCCCCAUCACCCUCACACCAGCCGCUGGCUCUGGUACACUGCUAGAGUGAUACACACAAACACAGAAGACUUCUCCGCUUCAAAGCCAGUUUGAACAUUAAUGCAAAGUCAAUAUGUUGAUAAUCAGGAAUAUGCUGAAAUAGUAUUUUGUUCUGAAUGUAUUGAUGUAUUUAUGUUGUGACACAGUGGUUGAGGUCUGAGACUGAUCCACACUUACCUCCAGCCAUCUGCCUCGUUCCUCCAGUGGUUGAGGUCUAAGACUGAUCCACACUUACCUCCAGCCAUCUGCCU